CGUACACACCAAAUUCAGAGGGAGGCUGAACAUUUUGCACGGAUCCAAAGUCGGCAUCCUUAUUUCUAGACCUGCUUAAUUGAAUUGAACGAGACGUGUUUAAAUCUGACCUCAGAUCAGCUUUCCUCUGGCUACGUCAUGACGACGCAAGCCUCGCGGUAUUUAGCUUACCCAGAAUCCCUCUGACUUCCUUUCUGCCUGAACCGACAUGCCUAAGGGAAAGAAGGCUAAGGGGAAGAAGGUGGCACCGGCCCCUUCUGUGGCCAAGAAACAUGAGGCCAAAAAAGUAGUCAACCCCCUCUUCGAGAAGAGGCCAAAGAACUUUGGCAUCGGCCAGGAUAUUCAGCCCAGACGUGAUUUGACACGCUUUGUGAAAUGGCCCCGUUACAUCCGUCUGCAGAGGCAGCGCUCCAUCCUCUACAAGCGUCUGAAGGUCCCCCCUGCAAUCAACCAGUUCACCCAGGCUCUGGACCGCCAGACUGCCACACAGCUGUUCAAGCUGGCCCACAAGUACAGGCCAGAGACCAAGCAGGAGAAGAGGCAGAGGCUGCUGGCCCGUGCUGAGCAGAAGGCCGCUGGAAAGGGAGACACCCCAACCAAGAGGCCCCCUGUCCUCCGUGCAGGUGUGAACACUGUCACCUCUCUGGUGGAGAGCAAGAAGGCACAGCUGGUCAUCAUUGCCCACGAUGUUGAUCCUAUUGAGCUCGUCGUGUUCUUGCCAGCUCUGUGCCGCAAGAUGGGCGUCCCAUACUGCAUCGUCAAGGGCAAGGCUAGACUGGGCAGACUGGUGCACAGAAAGACAUGCACUUCAGUCGCCUUCACACAGACCAACCCUGAGGAUAAAGGUGCACUUGCCAAGCUCGUGGAAGCCAUCAAGACCAACUACAAUGACAGAUAUGAGGAGAUCCGUCGUCACUGGGGAGGUGGAAUCAUGGGUCCCAAAUCCACAGCCCGCAUCAGUAAACUGGAGAAGGCAAAGGCCAAGGAGCUGGCAACCAAGCUUGGUUAAAUUGUUUGGAAUAAAAAAUAUAUGUCCUAAUGUAAA